UUUAUCAGGAAGUGAAACCAGCAAAAUGUAAACAAACAGAAUGAUGUUGCAUAUGAAAGAAACAAACUAAGAUGUGCCGUUUUAUUGUUUGACAGGAGAGUAAAGGACAGUAGAUCUUUACCUGAUAUGUCUAAUGGAUCUCAAAAUAUGACUCAAGAUUCGUGAUAUUUGCUCUGAAAGGAUCGCCCUUGGAUUUUAAUUGAAAGACCAUUAUUAUAUACAUAUACUAGUUAUAUACAGUUAUGACCACUGGCACAAGGAUAUGAAGUAAACUAGAAAAUCUGAAAUAUGGACAGUCAACAAACUGGAUAUUUUUGAUACGAAAGACCUGCAUACGCUUCAUAAACAUUUUGAAGAGAUCAACGGAUAGGCAGACAUAAUUGUGGUAAAUGUUUUAAUAAAAGUUUCUUGACAAAACAUGAUAUGCAUCAGAAAAAAGAUAAUAUGGUCACAAUGAUACAGGACAUACUACAAGGAAAAAAAUCUUAGCAUUGUUCAGUGAAAGUUUUACAGGAAACAGUGGAGUAGUUUGUUUUUUGAAAGAAAAUUAUCAAGUCGCAUGAUGCUACCUAUUGCUUAUACAGUGAAGCUUAAGAAAUAUAAACUUCAAAGAACGCUGUUGUAAGUAGAGGUUCGUGCUAUGGAACUGUAGAAAAGAACGGACAGAGAUGUAUUUAUAGUUGUGCUUAACCUCAACAACAAAUAAUUUACAACUGUGAAUUUAUGCAUAUGAAAAAAUCUGAAGAAAAAACGACCAAAGGAAACUGCAGAUGAUAGUAAAGUAUUAAAUGAAAUGAUUUGAAGACACAUUGACAAAACGCUCAUCCUUAACAACGAAUGAAUUAUUACAAACGUGCAUGUGACUGAGUAUAAGUAGAACGCUCUUAAAAAGGAAAGAUUAAAGAAAGAUUGCAGCUGUCUAUGUUAUCCACAUCAUUGUCAUGAACUUUUAAAUGCGUUUGUGUAUGGCUAUAUUGAAUACUAAUUUGAAUAUGAUUACAUGGACAUGAUUUUGAUUUGAGCUUUGGACGGAAAACGAAAGUGAAAAACCAGGUUUUUUGGAAUGCCUUAACAUUCAAAUGACGUCACAGGUCACAUGUCCGAAAAUCUCAACCGCGGAACUUGCAAAAAGUUUCAGUUAGAUUGGAUUUGAAUACAUGCACAAGUUACUUGCAAACACGAUUUCAAAAUAAAACCGAACCAUGAAGACAAAUUGGGUACUAACUUAUAACUAAAAUACACAGAACUUUGACAAUUUUUAUUGGUUAUGAUAACUUUUAGUAAAAAAAACAUGAACAAGAAAUGAAACUCCUUCUAUCAAUAAGUACAAUAAAGUUAUAAAAACACUGAAUACUUUAAAACGGAAGACAUUAAGUGUUACACAAUGAAAAAAACUUUAAGCUCACUCUGAACGUUUAAGUAUCCUUAUACAUGUGAACACAUCCCGGUUUAAUAAUGUUAAACCCUACAAACUACCCGAAACUAAGGAAAUUAAUUCUGCACUCGUGCACAUAAUGAGCUAUUCUGAAUGCUGUAUUAUGACUCAAUGCUCAAUUAUGACUUGAUGGCCUUCGUUCCAUUCGUGUCGUCUACUUGUGAUAUAACGUAGUGUCUUAAAGGUUUUCUUGAAUUUGAAACACUUGUUUUAAAAGUGGAUUGAACUGCAUUUAGAAUAUCAGUUGUUGUGAGAAAAUGAAAUGGAGAUUGAGGUAGUGAAUACUAUUUGUUUAAACAUUGAACAUUGAAUUGAAUGAAAUAAUAUUGUUUAAGUAAAUGGAGUCACUGAAUUGAUUGUAACAUUAAAUGCUUGGAUGUACCAGAUAUUGUUCCAGUGUUAUAGAUGUCUUUUAAUAGACACCUGUUAUCGGACUUUUGAAAAUUGAGACCGUUUAAUGAAAAUAUCACAAGGAAACUGUUAAGAUACACGAUAAAAGGCACUUGCUAAAACCAUUUGGAUAAAUCAGAAUAAUAAUUAGUAGACUUCGGAAUAGAGCGAAAUUAAUGGUUGAUUGAAUUAGUAUUUCUUAGCUUAUACAAAUAUGGAAUUAGAAAAAGAGGGCGAACCUUUUGGUUCAGAGAAUGAGAGCACACCGCUUCUUCCUGAAAACAGAGAUGAAACUGCAACAGAAGUUCCAAGUAAUGUAGAGUUAGGCUUUACCCUGCGUCGAUGUAUGCUUUUGCCUGUUAUCUUGGGUUAUUUCCUAGAAGGAGGCAUGUUCAUGUUUCUGUUGCCGCAGUAUACGCAGCACGUUUUUAAAGAGAAGUACACAAGACACGACCAAUUCAGUUUGAACACAACUUACAACGCAUGCGCGAAUGUCAACCAAUCGGAUCCCGAAUACCAGAUAUACUUGAAAAUCCAAAGAGAAACUGCAAAAUGGACGAUAUAUUACGCAAUCGCUUCACUUGUGCCUACGAUUGUGGGAAACAUCGUUUGGGCGUCAUUGUCUGACAUUCUUGGACGAAAGUUUGUCCUAUACUUGACAAUAGCUGGCGCAAUCGUGAGCAUUGGAUCUUUUGCACUAGUAGCAAAUUAUAAAUUGAGUUUAUACUAUAUAAUAAUCGGUAAAGUUCUCGACGGCUUAACGGGAUCAUAUACUGCUUUUCUUGCAAUGAUGUUCACUUAUACUUGUGAUAUAACUGUAGCCGGCAAAUCUAGAACAAUUGCAAUCGUGUUCAUGGAACUAUUACUCGGACUAACCGUAACAUUAGCGUCCAUGUAUACAGGUUAUUUUAUUGAAGCGGCGGGAUUUUUCUGGCCUUCAUUUAUGGCAACAUGCUUACUUGCAGCUGCAUUUCUGAUUCUUGUAAUUUUCGUCCCAGAAACUAGUGGUAUUCAGCACCAAAGAGGUUCACAAACAGAACAAUUGACAGCUUCAGCAAGGGUAAAACGUGCAAUGCUUAGCACCAUAGAAGCCUUCAAGUUUUAUUUCACGAACGAUUCCAAAGUAAGACGACUGAAGUACAUCUUAUUGAUCCUUGGAUUUUUGUUUUUGACCAUCCCAUACCUCAACCGAGGAAGUAUGGAGAUUUUGUACCAGUUGGGAAAACCAUUUUGUUGGUCUUCCAGGAAGAUUGGAUGGUUUGCUUCCCUGAAAAUCUCUAUAGCUUCUGUGUUUGGAGUUGCGGGCACAUAUCUUUUACAGAGAUGUAUGAAAGAUGACAUUAUUGCCAUGCUGGGAACGGCCAUCGGGAUUGCGUCCUAUGUUGUGGAGGGUUUCGCACAUGGUUCCAUCAUCUGGUUAGUUCCCGUCCUCAGUGCCCCUACCGGACUUCCAAUCCCGAUGAUUCGCAGUCUGAUGUCGGCUUUGACACCUGCUGACAAACAAGGUGCGUUGUUUGCCAGUAUCGGUGCAGUGGAGACCUUAUGUGCUCUGAUAGGAUCCGUGAGCAACAACGCCAUCUACUCAGCCACUCUGACGAUUAUGAAUGGUUUUGUGUUCGAAAUCAUGGCUGCCUUUACCCUUAUAGGUGUUAUUUUUCUUGUAGCGUACAUAUUCGUAGCACGGCUUAUGAAAGACACAGACUCGAGGGAUGAUAUCACCAUUACUGUUACUGCAGAUCAGUGAAUGGAUGUGAAAUAUGGGGAAUUAUUAGUAAUCACGAACAUAUAAGACAGCUGCAUGUAUGGGAUGUUCUUUUAAGCUGAUAUACUUGGACCUGUUUCAUUAAGAUAUCUAAGUCUUUAGCCUGCCGCUGCAUCAGAGUGCUCGAGAACACCCGUAUAGUUACUGGCAGAAUACAUUCCAAAACUGUUCUUACGGGUAUCUGUAUUGACCAAAACGAGUUUACGCCUGCGAAUAAACGCUCUUAAGCCUUACUGUCUUAUGGCCGGGUCCCGUUUCAAUACAAUAUCUUAGUCGAAGAACGUUCGCUGCUUAAGAGUGCUCAGAUACCCUCGCAAAGUCACGAGCAGAAUCUAUGUUAUUAAUGUCCUUACAUACUUUUAUUGAAACGCAGUUAUGCCCAAGUUGGGGUUACACCUAGAAAGUUACGAUCUUUAGCCUUCUAAUCCUUAUUUAAAAGGGGCCGUCGUGAACAAUGCCGUUGUCAAUCGGAGUUACGCCUAGAAAGCUACGAUCUAAAGCCUUCCGAUUUUUAUUGAAAAGGGGCCCUGGUGAAUGAUGCAAUUUGUAAGUCGGGGUCAUGCAUAGAAAUUUACUGUUUAAGUCUUUCGAUAUUUAUUGAAAAUGGCCCUUGUAAAUACAUGUUUGUAAAAAUAUUAAAGCUCAAUUCUUGUUUUGUCUUUGACAUUAAAACUUUUUUAUUUAUACUAGUUUAGUUUAUCUGUUGAUUUAAUUUGCAUUAUAGUUUUAUUUUUACAUUGUUAACCGGAGUAGUGAUUUGCUUGAAAUUAUGAUCUUAUUAUUUAUUUCUACAAAUUAGUUAUUUUUUUAUUUAUUUUUGUUUUUCGUGUUGUUUUUUUUGUUCAAUGAUUUUAUUAUUUAGGGACAAUUAAUGAAUAAAAUUAUUCACACUCAAUAGAUUUUUUUAAAACUUAUAUUUUGACAUUUUUAAUAUUCAGGGACCAAAAUCAAACAUUUAUUUCAGAGGGGUUGUAUAAAUACUAUAAUACCACAUUUAUUUAAAUAUAUUUGUUCUACGGUAGACGGUCAGUUUUAUGUUUUUGGUUUAUAUAUCAUAUUAUAGUGUUUCAAAACCGAACUCCGGUAUAGAAGCAACUGUUGAUCUAAAUGAAAUGUCUAUAAAGCUGCAUUCUCACAGUUUGACAAAUUUGACAAUUGUUUCUAAGAGUCAGCUGAUUUUUGCACCAAUGCUUUCAAUUCAGACAUAUGUGUUAACUCACAAUAAAACAGAUCUCAAUUGGUCGGAAAGCUGCCAAAUAGUUCAUUUUUCUUAAAGCGUUAGUUACCAUUUUAAUCAUAAACAUCAAAUUUCGAGCGUAAAUAUUACAUUUUUAUCAGCACUCUUAUAUCACCAGUUCUCUGACGUACACGUAAAACUUGGCUCUUUCAAUGACAAAAACAAUAAAAAGUUGUCAAAACGGUCAAUCUGUGACAGUGCAGCGCUAAUAUCUUUGUCAAUAUCAAUAAGUUAUAAAAAAAAUACUUUUUAAAGUCAUUUAUAUUUAUGAGAUCUUGCACUAAUAUUCAUAUCUAAUUUUGAAUUUCUUUUAACACAUUAUUGAUAUGAAAAACUGCCGUUGAUGAUAUUUUUUAUUUAUUGUUUAUAUAUUUACUUGCCUGACGUUCUCACCAAAUUUAUUUAAAGUCAUUUGGCCUGUAUUUUUGUUUCUUGCUGUUUCAUGCAUUAUUUUCAUACUGAAUACAUUCUGGUUUCUUUUUUGUUUCUUGCUUCUUCAUUAAGUAUUUUCAUAAUUAAUGUAUUCUGGGUGUUUUUGUUUCCUGCUUUUUCAUUCAGUAUUUUUAUACUUUAUGUAUUCUGGUUUCUUUUUUUUGUUUUUUUCUUGCUUCUUCAUUCAGUAUUCUUAUAAUUAAUGUAUUCUGGGUUUUUGUUUCUUGUUUUUUUUUCAUACAGUAAUCUUAUACAACAAUGUUCUGCUGUCCAUGUAAUGAUGUUGACAAAAUAAACCUUUUAACUCUCUGUCAAAACCAAUCUGAAUUGUUUUAAGUAAGCAAUGUUGAACACGUAUAAACCUUUUAACUCUCUGUUAAAACCAAUCUGAAUUGUUUUAAGUAAGCAAUGUUGAACAAGUAUAAACCUUUUAACUCUGUUAAAACCAAUCUGAAUUGUUUUAAGUAAGCAAUGUUGAACACGUAUAAACCUUUUAACUCUGUUAAAACCAAUCUGAAUUGUUUUAAGUAAGCAAUGUUGAACACGUAUAAACCUUUUAACUCUAUGUUAAAACCAAUCUGAAUUGUUUUGAGUAAGCAAUGUUGAACACGUAUAAACCUUUUAACUCUAUGUUAAAACCCAUCUGAAUUGUUUUAAGUAAGCAAUGUUGAACAGGUAUAAACCUUUUAACUCUAUCUUCAAACCCAUCUGAAUUGUUUUAAGUAAGCAAUGUUGAACACGUAUAAACCUUUUAACUCUCUGUUAAAACCAAUCUGAAUUGUUUUAAGUAAGCAAUGUUGAACACGUAUAAACCUUUUAACUUUAUAUUCAAACCAAUCUGAGUUGUUUUGAGCAAUGCAAUGUUGAACAGGUAUAAACCAUGUAAACUUUAUAUUCAAACGAAUCUGAGUUGUUCUGAGCUAUGCAAUGUUGAACACGUAUAAACCUUUUAAUGUUAUAUUCAAACCGAUCUGAGUUGGUCUGAGAUGUGCAAUGUUGAACACGUAUAAACCUUUUAAUGUUAUAUUCAAACCGAUCUGAGUUGGUCUGAGAUGUGCAAUGUUUAACACGUAUACAACUUUGUUAACUUAAUAUUAAAACCAAUCGGAUCUUAAUUAUGCAAUUUUGAACAGGUAUAAACCAUGUUGACUUUUUUUGAAACCAAUCUGAGUUGUUCUGAGGUAUGCGAUAUAGAACACGUCUAAACCUUGUUAACUAUGAUUAAACCAAUUUUAUUUGUUUUGAGCUAUGCGAUAUAGAACACGUCUAAACCUUGUUAACUAUGAUUAAACCAAUUUUAUUUGUUUUGAGCUAUGCGAUAUAGAACACGUCUUAACCUUGUUAACUAUGAUUAAACCAAUUUCAGUUGAUUCGAGCGAUUUAUGUUCAACACGUCUAAACCUUGUAAACUAUGAUUAAACCAAUAACUAUGAUUAAACCAAUUUCAGUUGUUUUGAGCUAUAAAUGUUCAUCACAUAUAAACCUUCUUGACAAUAUAUUAAAACCAAUCUGAUCUGUAUUAUGCAAUUUUGAACACGUAUAACCAUGUUAACUUUAUGUUUAAACCAAUCAAAUAUUUUCACUUUUGCAACGACUGGUUAUGAAGCUUAUUGUCGUAAAUUUUGUUUUGCUUUUAAAGUCGCGUGCUUAAAAAUAGUGGUUGUAUUUGUAUGUUGUAUAUAGAUGAUAAUUAGCAACAGAAUAUUGAGGGCUCAGCGAAAAACAGUCAUAACUCUCGUUAACGGCUCAAUGGAAGGGGAUCUAAUUUUCAUAUAAAUUUGGAGAUUUGCGUCCUUUUUGAGCUAAGGCCUCGAAUUUUGUUAAAGAACUGGUUAUUUAUCCCUCUGUAUUAAGAUUUUCUGGGUGCUGGAUAUUGUUGUAAUUAUAACUAUUUAUCGAUUUCAUUGUCAGAGCUUGGGUCAUCAUUUUUUACUAAGAAGUGUUCAUACAUAGAUAAAAAUAAUCGGGUAUAGACCUUCAUCAGCAAUUUAUGAAACACUUUUACUCUGUCCAUCUUGGGCGCAGCCGAUUUGAACGUAAAGUGUACAGAGAUGUGUACAAAAAAUGUUCCCCGAUCGUGACGUCAAUGACAUCGACGUCAUGUACAACGUCAAAUGUAUAGACUAGCUAUUUCGCAAAUUGUUGAUGAAGGCAUAUGCACGAACUAUUCAUCACAUAUAUUCAAAUGGCAUUGUGAUAAUCCGUCACUUUCCUAUGGAGAGAAAACAAUAAACAUUUACAAUUUUAAAAAUAUUUGAAAUUCUGUAUGUAAAACAGCCUACAUUUUUGUCCAUUUUGUUUGAUAUUUAAGUUAUAAAGAAUAUAAUUUGUAUUUUUUGCACAAAGAGGGCUGCAAAUUACAGGAAUUGAUGUUUACUUUAUUUAUUUUAACAUUUUUCGAUUAUACUGUUUAUCCAUUUCUUGUUAUGUUUUUUAAUGUUAUAUUAAGAUAUAUGCAAUUCCGUUCUUUUGUAUGAUUCAUUGUAUUUUAGUAAAAUUUGAGGCAUUCAAUGCAUUUUAUAAUUUGAUCUGAUGAAAAAUAAAUGACU